AUGAAGUUAUUUACUUGUUAAGACACUGCGCACAAAGGAGAAGCUAUAAAAGGAUUUUGUUUAAAUUUGGGAUGCCAAGAAUCAAGACCUGAGUUCUGUCAAUAAUGCGGAUGUGACUCUAAAAAGCAUUUGAAUUGCAAGAAAGACUUAAAAGAAUUUGGUGAGAUCUAAAGUUUUAUAACAAAAUUCAAUCAGAGUAUCCAUGAAUUAACAAACUAAUUGAACCAAUCAUUUACAUAAGUCAAAAUAAAAUAUCAAGAAUAUUUAAAAUACAUGGAGGAUAUGAAAAUAUCAAUAGUUAAGAUUUCUGAAUGUUUAAGUCAAAAGGAUUAUAAAUAAAUGGAAAACAGUUUAUAGGUGAUUAAGGAAUGGCAUCAAUAUAUAAACAAUUAAAAGGAGUUUAUAAAGGAGGAUUUUAUUAGUUCAUAAUUAGCUAGUAUGAAGAAAUUUAUCCAGGCUAUGGAAUUUGAUAAAGAAUAAUAAUAAUUUUCAGAUAUUCACUAUGAUUAUGAAAAUUCACUUUAGUAAGGAAUACAAUUACUAAAUUAGUAGAAAUGGCAGGAGGCUAAUGAAAAAAUUACUUAGUACAUAAAAUUAUCAGCGAAACAAUAAACAUUGGCAACACUUUUUUAAAUUAUAAAAAAAAUCGAAAUGAAUUAACUUGGAUAGGCAAUAAUUAUGAGAAAUUAGGCCGAAAAAAUUAAUAAUAACUUUUAUAGAGAUCUACUAGACUAUUCAAAUGAAGAAUUAAUGAAAACCCCAAAUAAUAUGGUUAUGUUAAUUGCAUAAAGUUAUGCUUUAUGUGAGUUAAAGUAAUUUAAAUAGGCUAUUGAGCAAUGCGAAAAGGUUUUGAUAUAGGAAUCUUAACAUCUUCACGCUUUGAAUAGAAAAAGCGUUGCUUUAUAAAAUUUGAGUGAACAUUUAGAUGCGAUUUAAUGUAUUGAUGUAGCUCUUUAAAAGAAUCCAGAGUAUUCUGUUGGUUAUUUUAGAAAAGGAUAUUCCCUAUGGUAAUAGGGAAAAAAUUAGGAUGCAAUUUUUAUAUUUGACAAAGCAAUGCAAAUAGAUCCAAGUUAUGCAUCAACCUAUAAUUAUAAAGGUAAUGCCUUAAACGAUCUUAAAUAAUACAAUGAAGCUAUUGUUUGUUAUGAUAAAGCAAUCUAAAUAUAUCCAAAUGACGAAGUAGCUUAUUUUAAGAAAGGUAAUGCCUUAAGCGAUCUUAAAUAAUACAAUGAAGCCAUCGUUUGUUAUGAUAAAGCAAUCUAACUAGAUCCAAAUGAUGCAUCCUUCUAUAAUAAUAAAGGUAAUGCCUUAAGCGAUCUUAAAUAAUACAAUGAAGCUAUUGUUUGUUAUGAUAAAGCAAUCUAACUAGAUCCAAAUGACGAAGUAAAUUAUUUUAAUAAAGGUAAUGCCUUAAAUAAUCUUAAAUAAUACAAUGAAGCCAUUGUUUGCUAUGAUAAGGCUAUUCAAUUUAAUAAAAAUUAUUCAGUUGCCCAUUUUUCUAAAGGUUAUGCCUUACAUAAUCUUAAAUAAUACGAUGAGGCCAUUGUUUGCUAUAACAAUGCAAUCAAAAUAGAUCCAAAUUAUACAUCAGCCUAUUUUAAUAAAGGUACUACAUUACACAAUUUUAAAUAAUACAAGGAGGCCAUUGUUUGCUAUAGUAAUGCAAUCGAAUUAGAUCCAAGUGAUGCAUCAGUCUAUACUCAUAAAGGUAAUGCCUUAAGCGAUCUUAAAUAAUACAAUGAAGCCAUUGUUUGUUAUGAUAAAGCAAUCUAACUAGAUCCAAAUGAUGAAGUCGCUUAUUUUAAGAAAGGUAAUGCCUUAAGCGAUCUUAAAUAAUACAAUAUAGCCAUUGUUUUUUAUGAUAAAGCAAUCUAACUAGAUCCAAAUGACGAAGUAGCUUAUUAUAAGAAAGGCAGUGCUUUAAACGAUCUUAAAUAAUACAAAGAAGCCAUCUUUUGUUAUGAUAAAGCAAUCUAAUUAAAUCCAAAUUGCUAAGUAGCUUAUUUUAAUAAAGGUAAUACCUUACAAGAUCUUCAAUAAUACAAUGAAUCCAUUGCUUGCUAUGAUAAAGCAAUCGAAAUAGAUCCAAAUCAGGCUGAGUUCUAUUUGUAAAAAGGUAAGGUCUUACAUGAUCUUAAAAAUUAUAAGGAUGCACUUGAAUGCUAUGACAAAGGAAUCAAAUUAGAUUCAAGUUAAACAUUAAUCUAUAAUUAUAAAGGUAGGACAUUACAUAAUCUGAAGUCAUACAAUGAGGCAAUAUUUUAUUAUAAUAAUGCAAUCAAACUUGAUCGAAAUUACGCAAUGGCCUAUAAUAAUAAAGGUAGGGCCUUACAUGAUCUUAAAUAAUACAAUGAGGCCAUUAUUUCUUAUGAUGAAGCAAUCAAAAAAGACCCAAGUCUUGCAAUAGCGUUUAAUAAUAAAGGCAGAGCCUUACACGAUCUUUAAAAAUACAAUGAUUCACUUUAAUGCUAUGAUACAGCAAUUCAAAUUGAUUAAAAUUUUGCAAUAGCCUAUAAUAAUAAAGGUAGGGCAUUAUAUAAUCUUAAAUAAUACACAGAUGCAAUUGUUUGCUAUGAUAAAGCCAUUUAAAUAGAUCCAAAUUUUACAAUAGCCUAUAAUAAUAAAGGUAAGGCCUUACAUAAUCUUAAAUAAUACAAAGAUGCCAUUGCUUGCUAUGAUAAAGCAAUUCAGAUAGAUCCAAAUUUUACAAUAGCCUAUAAUAAUAAAGGUUAGAAAUAUUUAAUUUAAUUAGGUAAUGCCUUAUCGAAUCUUAAUUAAAACAAUGAUGCCAUUGAUUGUUUUAAUAAAGCAAUUAAUAUAAAUCCCAAUGAUACAACAAAUUAUUUUUAAAAAGGUUUGAAAUAUCUUAUUGUUUAAGGUUAAUUUUUAACAAAUAUCAAAAACUACACGUAAGCUAUUGAAAAUUAUGAGCAGGCAAUUUUAAAUUGCAAAUCAUAUUAGAAUUAAUUUUAAUAAUUAAUUAUUGACUUAAAAACAAAGAAAUGA